AUGCGAUGGACGGGACAAGGACAGAGACGAGUAGGUCCUUGUGACAUUUACUACAGUGGCCAUAUAAAGGAGCGCAAGUUUGGUGUGGGAUUCGUGGUGGGAGAGAGACUCCGUCGCCGAGUACUAUCAUUCACUCCGGUGAAUGAACGUCUAGCCACAAUCCGCAUCAAAGCGAGGUUCUUCAACAUAUCGCUGAUUUGCGCCCACGCCCCGACGGAAGAGAAGGACGAUGUGACCAAAGAUGCCUUUUAUGAGUGCUUGGAGCGCACUUAUGAGAGAUGCCCCCGUCACGAUGUAAAAAUCGUGCUUGGCGACUUCAACGCCAGGGUGGGCAAAGAAGGUAUCUUUGGUACUACGGUCGGUAAAUUCAGCCUCCACGACGAAACAUCCCCAAAUGGGUUGAGGCUGAUCGACUUCGCCGGGGCCCGAAAUAUGGUUAUCUGUAGUACUAGAUUCCAGCAUAAGAAGAUCCAUCAAGCUACCUGGCUGUCUCCGGAUCGAAAAACUACCAACCAGAUCGAUCAUGUUGUGAUAGACGGAAGACACGUCUCCAGUGUUUUAGAUGUGCGUGCGCUCCGAGGUCCUAACAUCGACUCGGACCACUAUAUUGUUGCAGCCAAAAUUCGCACCCGCCUCUGUGCAGCAAAAAACGCACGCCAACAAACACAAGGAAGGUUCGACGUCGAGAAGCUGCAAUCACAACAGACAGCCGAACGAUUCUCUACUCGGCUUGCACUCCUGCUCUCCGAGAGCACUCGUCAACAACUCGGUAUAAGGGAACUGUGGGACGGCAUUUCAAACUCCUUACGUACAGCUGCAACCGAAACCAUUGGUUUUCGGAAAGUGCAAAAGAACAGCUGGUACGACGAGGAGUGCCGUGUCGCAGCGGAGAGAAAACAGGCUGCCUACCUCGCAACGUUACGAUCGACCACAACACGUGCGGGAUGGGAUAGAUACCGAGAGUUGAAGAGGGAAGCGAGACGCAUUUGCAGACAGAAGAAGAAAGAGGCCGAAAUGCGUGAGUACGAACAGCUGGAUAAGCUGGCCGACAGGGGUAAUGCUCGAAAAUUCUACGAAAAGAUGCGGCGGCUUACAGAAGGUUUCAAGACCGGAGCAUACUCCUGUAGAACCCCCCAAGGUGAUCUAGUUACCGAUGCCCAGAGCAUACUUAAAUUAUGGAGGGAACACUUCUCCAGCCUGCUGAAUGGCAGUGAACGCAUAACACCAGGAGAAGGCGAACCCGAUUCCCCAAUCGAUGACGAUGGAGCAGACGUUCCAUUGCACGAUCAUGAAGAAGUUCGAAUAGCAAUUGCCCGCCUGAAAAACAACAAAGCGGCAGGGGCCGAUGGAUUGCCGGCCGAGCUAUUCAAACACGGCGGCGAAGAACUGAUAAGGAGCAUGCAUCAACUUCUUUGCAAAAUAUGGUCGGACGAAAGCAUGCCCAACGAUGGAGUGUGCUAUGCCCAAUCCAUAAAAAAGGAGACCCCACAAUCUGCGCCAACUACCGUGGGAUAAGCCUCCUCAACAUCGCAUAUAAGGUUCUGUCGAGCGUAUUGUGUGAAAGAUUAAAGCCCACCGUCAACAAACUGAUUGGACCUUAUCAGUGUGGCUUCAGACCUGGUAAAUCAACAACCGACCAGAUAUUCACCAUGCGCCAAAUCUUGGAAAAGACCCGUGAAAGGAGAAUCGACACUCACCACCUAUUCGUCGAUUUCAAAGCUGCUUUCGACAGCACGAAAAGGAGCUGCCUUUAUGCCGCGAUGUCUGAAUUUGGUAUCCCCGCAAAACUAAUACGGCUGUGUAAACUGACGCUGACCAACACGAAAAGCUCCGUCAGGAUCGGGAAGGACCUCUCCGAGCCGUUCGAUACCAAACGAGGUUUCAGACAAGGUGAUUCCCUAUCGUGCGACUUUUUCAACCUGCUUCUGGAGAAAAUAGUUCGAGCUGCAGAACUCAACAGAGAAGGUACCAUCUUCUAUAAGAGUGUACAACUGCAGGC